AUGGAACCGCCGGCCGCCGGCAACGCGAUGGAGUUGGGAGCUGCGUCUUCGGGAGAAGGCGCCAACUCCGACAGCCUCGUCGCCGCCCAACAGACAUGGAGCCACCCACUUAACAGCGCUGCUCUCGACGCUCCCAUCAUUCAAAGCCGCCCGUCCGCCAUGGAGCUCCUCGCCGCCAUGGAGCGGCCGUCUGCCAUGGAGCCGGCGGCCGGCAGCCACGUGAACUUCGGCGUUGUGGAUGAUCAUGAUGGCAUCAACGUCGACGCCGGAGUUGAAGCCCACCCUGACCGUCCAAGCACACCACAACAUUUGAGUACAGCACCAAAACUUGGAAUGAUCUUUGAUACACUCAAAGAUGUGGAGGAAUUCUACAAGUCGUAUGCACAUGAAGUUGGUUUCUCAGUUCGUGUUGGUCAGCACAAGAAGGGAAAUGAGGAAAUAUUAAUCAAGAGGUAUUAUUGUUCAAGGGAAGGGUAUAGAAAGGAGAACGUACCAAAUGCAAGUGAUGAAUCUGGGAAAAAAAGGAAGACACACAAUGUGAUGGAAACCAGAUGUGGAUGUCAGGCACAUAUUGUUGUCAAGCUUGGCAGUGACAAGAAGUAUAGAAUUAUUUCAAUGGUUGAGGAGCACAGCCAUGGGUUUGUGUCGCCAGAUAAAAGGCAUUUGCUAAGAUCCAACCGGAGAGUCAGUGAGAGGGCUAAGAGUACGUUGUUCAAUUGUCAUAAGGCUAGAAUUGGCACCUCACAGGCAUAUCGACUUCUCCAUGUUAGUGAGGGUGGGUUUGAGAAUGUUGGGUGCACAAAGAGGGAUUUACAAAACUAUUAUCGUGAUCUCCGAAUCAAAAUCAAGGAUGCAGAUGCACAAAUGUUUGUGGCACAACUUGAGCGAAAGAAGGAAGUAAAUCCUGCCUUCUUUUAUGAGUUUAUGGUGGAUGAUGAAGGACGACUUGUUCGUGUAUUUUGGGCAGAUGCUAUAUGCAGGAAAAACUAUAGUGUUUUUGGGGAUGUGGUUUCGGUAGAUGCGACAUAUACCACCAACCACUAUAACAUGAAAUUUGUGCCAUUUACUGGAGUCAACCAUCACUUGCAAAGUGUUUUCCUUGGGGCCGCAUUCUUAGCAGAUGAAAAGAUUGAGUCAUAUGUAUGGUUGUUUGAGACCUUUCUUAAGGCUAUGGGCGGAGUAGCACCUCAUCUAAUCACAACAGAUGAAGAUGCGAGCAUGAAGGCUGCUAUUGCUCAGAUUCUACCAUAUACAGCUCAUAGACUUUGUAUGUGGCAUAUCAUGGAAAAGGUACCUGAGAAGGUCGGGCCCUCUUUAAGAGAAAAUGAAGGGUUUUGGGAAAGACUAAACAAGUGUGUUUGGGGGUCCGAGAAUUCAGAUGAAUUUGUGUCACAAUGGAAUUCUAUCAUGACAGAUUAUGGAUUAAUGGAAAAUGAUUGGUUUUCCUCUAGGUUUAACAUUCGCGAAUCAUGGAUUCCGGUAUACUUUUUGGACAUACCUCUAGCAGGAAUGCUUAGGACAACAUCACGAUCGGAGAGUGCAAAUUCCUUUUUUAACCGUUUCAUUCAUAGGAAGUUGAGCUUUGUUGAGUUCUGGCUAAGGUUUGACACAGCUUUGGAGUGCCAGCGCCAAGAGGAGUUGAAAGCCGACAAUGUAAGUCUUCACACCACUCCUAAAAUGAUGACACCAUGGCCCAUGGAGAAGCAAUGUAGUGUGAUAUAUACACAUGAAGUCUUUAGUAAAUUUCAGGAACAAAUCGUAGUUGCAAGAGACCAUUGCAUUGUUCAAGGUAUUGAAGAGUGUGAAGAUAUAAAAUGUUUCACCAUCAGUAGCCUAUCUGGAAAAGAGCGAGUUGUUCAGAUGAACAAGACAAACAUGUUCGGUAGGUGCUCCUGUAAAUUAUAUGAGUCCUAUGGCAUCCCGUGUCGGCAUAUCAUACAAGUGCUUCGCGCCGAGAAGCAAAAUGAGGUACCAUCGAGUUAUAUUUUGAAGAGAUGGGAGACAAGAUGUAAAAGGGAACUAUUCUAUGAUCAUGAAGGUAACCUACUGGAUGAAAAGCCAAAGGAUCCUAGGGAGGUGGCAAUGCGGAAAAAAAUUUCAGAAUCGCGCAACAAGUUUGAAGACCUUAUCCAAAUGGCCAAGAACACUGAACAAGGGAUGGACUUUUUAUAUUCGAGUUUAUCGAACCUAGUAGAACCUCUCCAGAAGAUCACGCCUGCUACGAGAGUUGAUAAACAGGAUGAAUAUGAAUCUUUCCUGGGUAAUAGAAUUCCAACUGAAGUCGAUAUACAUCCACCAAACGAUAUCAGGUCGAAAGGGAGAUCCAAAAGAAUUAGGAAGAGCAAGGAGCCUAAGACCGGAAGUGGAAGUAAGGGUAAGAAGAAGCGCAAGUGUAGGAAAUGUAAGCAAGUAGCUGAUCAUGAUGCACGCAAUUGCCCAAACAAUGUGGUUGGCUGAUUUUUCAGUUUCCUGUAACCUUAUUGGUGCUAGGUGGAUGGUUUGCCUUUCUUUUAUGUGUUGCU